UCCUCGACACCGCGGCCGCCGCGACCUGCGCUUCGCUCCGAACAUUCCACACGGAGCCCGCAUGGGCUCGAGCUCCCGAAAUUCCUUUCCAUGCACUCUUCUUUUCUAAGGGACUUUAAAAUUGUGCAAAAGAUUUAUUUCUGGAAAGAAAACAACUUUCAUGGAGACUCUGAAGUACCGAAAGACUAAAUAGGGCGUCUAUGCUGUAGCGAAAGUGCAACUGCUGUUUGACAGCCGCAUUUCCCACACAGCGCCCUCUCUCUCCACCGCCUGCACCGAAGCGGAUGAAAACAAACACUAACGAUGGCGGCGCCGGCGGACUACUGGCUGAUAGCUUAGGGCGGGAGAGAUCGCUUGACGCGUGAAGAAGAAGCUCAGAGGAAAAUUAGUUGACAACGGCCCGACAGUUUGCUCAGUUCUUGGCGACAGGAGCUUCGUAAAGCGUGAGGUAUCUCGUACGACCUGUGCUGCCAAUACCGCCCCGGAGCGCGGAACCUUCAGUCGGGAGGCGCGGUUGGCCGGCUCGAGGCCCCGGCCUCCGGAAUGAGAGCCCGGAGCCACUCUCUGUGCCAUAGCUUUCCAGAGUUUGUGUGAACCGGUUUGUUAAGGAAGGCUUCUGAAGGCCGGCAGAGGCUGCACAGGCAGUGUCUUCUAAUGGUGGCCCUUAGUCACAAGAGAAGGGAAGAGAGUGUGAGUCACCACUACUAGGAAAACGACUCAGUGGCCAUGUCCAGUUGCUCUUAAAAUUUUCGUUUCAGUGGACUGGAGGAGAGCUCGGUGGCAGGGCGCCUGCCUGGUCUGCAUAAGGUCCUGCUUUUGAUUCAUAGCCCUGAACAAACAAAAAGAAACUUUAAAACUAAGGUUCUUACAGGCGAUGGAAACUGAUCUCAGUUCCCAGGACAGAAAGGACCUGGACAAGUUUAUUAAAUUUUUUGCACUCAAGACUGUCCAAGUAAUUGUCCAGGCUCGACUUGGUGAAAAGAUUUCCACCCGUUCAUCUUCUUCACCAACGGGUUCUGAUUGGUUCAAUUUAGCAAUCAAAGACAUCCCAGAUGUCACCCAUGAAGCCAAGAAGGCCCUGUCAGGGCAGCUGCCUGCUGUGGGGCGCUCUAUGUGUGUGGAGAUCUCACUCAAGACCUCUGAGGGAGAUUCCAUGGAGUUGGAAAUUUGGUGUCUUGAAAUGAAUGAAAAGUGUGACAAAGAAAUCAAAGUUUCCUACACUGUAUACAACAGACUGUCACUGCUGCUGAAGUCUCUUCUUGCUAUAACGAGGGUGACACCAGCCUACAGACUCUCGAGAAAACAAGGGCAUGAAUAUGUAAUAUUGUACAGGAUUUAUUUUGGGGAAGUUCAACUGAAUGGUUUAGGAGAAGGCUUCCAGACAGUUCGAGUUGGAACAGUGGGCACCCCUAUCGGCACCAUCACUCUUUCCUGUGCUUAUAGAAUUAAUUUGGCAUUCAUGUCCACCAGGCAAUUUGAGAGGACCCCACCUAUCAUGGGGAUUAUCAUUGAUCACUUUGUUGACCGUCCCUACCCCAGCUCCUCUCCCAUGCACCCUUGCAAUUACAGAACUGGUGAGGAUGCUGGAGUCACAUACCCGUCAGUGGAAGACUCUCAGGAAGUCUGUACCACCUCCUUUUCCACCUCCCCUCCCUCCCAGCUCUCAAGCUCUCGCCUUUCCUAUCAGCCUGCUGUCCUGGGCCUUGGAUCUGCUGACCUGGCUUAUCCAGUAGUGUUUACUGCUGGCUUAAACACUACACACGCUCACCAGUUGAUGGUUCCUGGGAAGGAAGGUGGGGUACCUCUUGCUCCCAGCCAGCCUGCUCAUGGCACCCAGGCUGAUCAGGAGAGACCGGUGACUCACACACCUUCUGAGGGGACCCACUGUGCUGCCACGCCAUCUAGCAGUGAGGACACUGAGACCGUAUCUAACAGCAGUGAGGGACGGGCCUCACCCCAUGAUGUCUUGGAGACUAUUUUUGUCCGAAAAGUUGGAGCGUUUGUCAACAAACCCAUCAACCAGGUGGCCCUGACAAGUUUGGACAUACCCUUUGCCAUGUUUGCUCCCAAGAAUUUGGAGCUGGAGGAUGCUGAUCCUAUGGUGAAUCCCCCAGACUCACCAGAGACCACGUCUCCUCUCCACGGCAGCCUACACUCGGAGGGCUCCAGCGGGGGCAGCAGUGGCAAUCCACACGACGACUUUGUUGUGCUUGACUUUAAACCUGCUUUUUCUAAAGAUGACAUUCUUCCGAUGGACUUGGGGACCUUUUACCGUGAAUUUCAGAAUCCCCCUCAGCUGAGCAGCCUCUCCAUAGAUAUUGGAGCCCAGUCUAUGGCGGAAGACUUGGAUUCUUUACCGGAGAAACUGGCUGUGCAUGAGAAGAAUGUCCGAGAAUUUGAUGCCUUUGUUGAAACCCUGCAGUAAAUGUGUCCCGAGUAUCCGCAGCAUCCCCCUUCCUGUGGAUCCAGCAAAGAACCUCCUCAUCCUCAGCAUCUCCCUGCUGUCCUACUGUCUCUGGCCAGUAAAGAACAGGGUGGUUCCCUAUGAGACCUAGAAGCCCCUGCUCUUGGACCUCCUGGAGACUCGUGGCAGCAGUCAGACCCAGUGCCAGACUUUGGGAGGACUCUGGCUAUAAUAGAAGAGCUCAGCAGGACCAUCCUCAGCUGCCUCACAAAGGGUGUUAUCCUUCCCUUCUGCUGCCAGCCCCGGCCUGGUCUACUCUGCAGCUCCCCCAACUACUUGUCCUUAGCAGCCACCUGACAUUCCAACUGGUGGCGGGGACACUGAGCAAGACCAAGUGGGGCGAAGGAGGGCUCCGUGUCACCAGUAGUUACUGGGCCACCCCAAUCUCCCUUCCUUUCCCUCCAUCUUUCCUCAUGACAGUCACAGAAAAGCUCUUUCCUUCCCACCCUCCCUCAAUUGCUACUGCUUGGAUAUAGGACAUGGUAAAUAUUUAUUACUUUCAGAGAAACCAGAUAUUUUAUAGAAAAAUAUGUUUGGGUCGGCAGUGUCACUGGGGAAGGAGGGGAGCCUCUUUCUGGAUGGAGGCCUCCUGUGAAGAUUCCUCAGAAACUGUGCUGCUGCAUCUAAAGAAAGAUGAAUGGGGCUGGCAGGGGCAGAGUAAUCCCUCAGCUGUGUGUGUGGAACUGCAUCCUUUGCACACGGUGCGCUCCUACUGAGCAUCUUCUUUCUUACAGAGCGUCUGCAAAGUGACUGGCUCUAUUCUAGCAGUCCAGGAAACCCUGGGGUGUGUUUAAUGUGAUGACUCACUCAAGACACAUGGUGCCCAAGGGAGCACUGUGUGUCCUGCUGCUCGAGUCCCUGAGACUAGAGCAGGAGUGGGGAGCUACUCCCUCCAAUUUCAGAGUCUGUAUAUGGCCCUGGGUUUACAAGCUGGAUUGGUUCCUUUUUGAGCUUAUGGUUGACUUAAACUUCCAGGUAUUGUUGCUUGAGUAAGUCAAGUGCCUCUGCCAGCCUGCCCUGUUCCUCUGAUCCCUAGUCACUGGCAGCAGCUGUUACUCAUUGGAGCAGGUGGCUCACAACUGCUUAUUAGUGAUCUGCAUGUAAUACUGGAGACUUUCACCUGUGCAUGCUUCUGCUGCCACAGAGAAAUGUGCCCAGCAGUGGUGGCCAGAAGGCACUGCAGCCUUUGGAUCAGGCACAUUCAUGGCCUGCUGAACCCGAUUUGCCCCCACAGCCAGCCUGAGUAGGGGUGAGGGCAUGGAUUCUUGGCAGCUUAGCCAGUGGCCUUUCUUUCUCAGACCUAUCCGGGUAGAGGCCAGGGAAGCUGAGCAGAGCAUCCUUCAAGGUUGCCUGUGUUCUUCAGCCCUGCACAAUGGGAACCAACUCCUGCAGCCACACUCAGGCUGGGACCAGGUGGCUAGGAGGCCCCUUCUCCAGUGCUUUGUUGGGAAAUAAGAGCUAAAUUUGGAAAUAUAAUCAAGAGGUUUCCAAUAAAAGUUUUCUGUACUUUA